AUGACCCAUCGACAGAUUUUCGAAUUUGGAGGCGGUGGAAUUUUUAACCAUGAAACCAACUCUAGAAAGGUGACUGCCGCUUUUGGGUUCUCCAGAUCGACCAGUACAGGUGUAACCGACACCGUAUUUAUUGAGGCUAUCCUCCUCAUGGAGACGAAUUUCACCGGGAGCAACGAUGUCUAUUGCCCGCGGUUAGUCAACCGACUGGAGAUGGAUGCUGCGGAACAAGACUGUCAUCUCCGGAGUCAGUGUCGAGUGGCCAUUAUCCUGAACGGUCUGCAUGCAGGGUUGGGUCUGCGGAUUUGA